AUGGCGCAAACACCAAGGGACCCUUCCUUGCGGGAGCAGCAAAUCGCUGCCAUCGCUGCCAUGCUCAACCUCAACCAAAAGCCAGAGCCUGUCUCUGCCGACCAAGUCAUUCCCAUGGCUUCCAAUGCAGAGUGGAAGGUGCUGAUCUUUGACACGUUCGGUCGGGAUGUCAUCUCUUCUGUCCUGCGCGUCAAUGACCUUCGUGAAAACGGCGUCACCGUCCACAUGCUUCUGAAGAACGAGCGACAGCCCAUUCCAGACGUACCUGCUAUCUACUUUGUGGAGCCAACUUCCGACAACAUUCGCAGGAUCAGCGAGGAUCUUUCGAACCACUUGUACGACUCUUACUACAUCAACUUUUCUUCAGUAAUACCACGACCGCUCAUGGAGGAACUGGCCGCUUCGACGAUCCCCAGCGGAAGCUCGUCACAGAUCCAGCAGGUCUACGAUCAAUACUUGAACUUUACCUGCUCGGAACCCAACAUGUUCUCGCUCAACGAUCGCCAGUCAUACCUGGCUCUUCACGACCCCACCGCCCCUGAGACUGCAAUCGAGGCGUCAAUCGACAAGGCAGCCAGCUCCCUUUUUUCCGUCCUUGCCACCAUGGGCGUUAUUCCAAUUAUUCGGUGCCCUCGGAGUGGAGCAGCGGAGAUGUUGGCCAAGAAGCUGGAUAGCCGCUUGAGGGAUCAUGUCAUGAACAGCAGGAACAAUCUCUUUUCGGAUUCCAACACCAUGAACUUUCAGCGACCUGUUCUUGUCAUUAUGGACCGCAACAUGGAUCUGGUCCCUAUUCUCAGUCACUCUUGGACCUAUCAGGCCCUCGUUCACGAUGUCAUGGACAUGAAGUUGAACGAGAUUGUCGUCCAGACGGAGGAGAAUGGACGUCAGGUCAAGAAGAAAUACGAUAUUGAGGCCAAGGACUUUUUCUGGAACAAGAACGCCUCGGCUCCUUUCCCUCAAGUCGCAGAGGAGAUUGACAGCGAGUUGACAAAGUACAAGAAGGACGCCGCACAGAUCUCCCAGAUGAGCGGCGUCAGUAGUUUAGACGAUGUCAGCCAGCUUGACUUCUCGUCGGGCGCAAAGCAUUUGAAGACGGCGAUCACAGCUCUACCCGAGCUCACUGCAAGAAAGGCAACAUUGGACAUGCACAUGAACAUUGCCACUGGACUGCUGCAGGGAAUCAAGGACAGACAACUGGAUACCCUCUUCCAGAUGGAAGAAUCAAUCACCAAGCAGACAAAGGCUAACAUCCUGGAGGCUAUCAAUGAUCCAGAGAAGAAGGUGGCUGAUGACAAGAUGCGUCUCUUCUUGAUUUACUACCUCUCGGUUCAGGAGGAUAUCUCUAGCGACGUGAUGCAGGAGUAUGAGGAUGCAUUGGUGAAGGCGGGCUGUGAUCUUGCCCCUCUCCGAUAUGUCAAGAGUGUCCGUGCCUACACUCGUAUGACCAACAUGACCCAGCAGCCUCCCCAGAGCUUUGGUCGCCCCGAUUAUCUCCUCAACCGCCUCGGUAACAUCGGAAACAAGCUGUCGGAUCACUUGGGAUCGGGUGGAUUGGGAGGAGGGUUUGAGAACUUGUUGGCGGGAGUAAAGAACUUUUUGCCAACAAAGAAGGACUUGCCGAUGACGAGGAUUAUCGAGUCGAUUAUGGAGCCAGGUGGAGGGGCGAACGAGACGAACGAGGACUUUUUGUAUUUUGAUCCCAAGGUCAACCGGGCGUCGAAUGCCAAGAUGCCACGCACGCGGACGCCCUUCCAGGAGGCUAUUGUGUUUGUUGUGGGAGGAGGCAACUAUGUGGAGUACCAGAACCUGAACGAGUAUGCGCAGAGACAGACGAUCAAGAAGAAGAUUACAUAUGGAUCGACAGAGGUGCUAAACCCCAAGGAGUUCCUCCAGCAGCUCUCUGCACUUGGCAAGGAGCAAUAA